CAGGGUUCCGGAGGCGGUGUGUGUUUCCGGUUGGGUGAGAACCGCGGCUACCACCGAGGCGGUUUGGAUUUGGCUGCUGUCCGGUCCGGGCUGGGAAGAUGUUCUAUCACAUCUCCCUGGAGCACGAGAUCCUGCUGCACCCGCGCUAUUUCGGCCCCAACCUGCUCAACACGGUCAAGCAGAAGCUCUUCACCGAGGUGGAGGGGACCUGCACCGGCAAGUAUGGCUUUGUAAUUGCUGUCACCACCAUUGACAAUAUUGGUGCUGGUGUGAUCCAGCCAGGCCGAGGGUUUGUCCUUUAUCCAGUUAAGUACAAGGCCAUUGUUUUCCGGCCCUUUAAAGGGGAGGUCGUGGAUGCUGUUGUCACUCAAGUCAACAAGGUUGGACUUUUCACAGAAAUUGGACCAAUGUCCUGCUUCAUUUCUCGACAUUCCAUCCCAUCAGAGAUGGAGUUUGACCCCAACUCCAACCCACCAUGUUAUAAGACAAUGGAUGAGGACAUUGUGAUUCAGCAGGACGAUGAGAUCCGCUUGAAGAUUGUGGGGACCCGUGUGGACAAGAAUGACAUUUUUGCUAUUGGCUCUCUGAUGGACGAUUACUUGGGGCUUGUGAGCUGAGCACCAGGGCCUCCUGCUCUGUUUGGUCCUCAUCUAGGAGCUGUGACGGUCAUGCUCCACAUACUGUCCAGAAGCCUAGUCUGGCUGCUGUGGGGAGGCAGAGAAGGUUCCUUGUCCACAGAAAAUAUCUGGUUCUUCUUGAUGCUUAGCCACUCCCCAGGUUUUUACUGUACUUUCUAACCAUAAAAGGUCCUUGUUCUCAUGGAGGUUUUAUCUCCUUUCUUUGGUAAGAACAACUCUUUCAUUGAAAAGGCUGGAGGCCAGUUGCUUGCUAGCCUCCCUUUUGGUGGCCUGCUGCCUCAAGUAGCCUCAGCUACCCAGGGGAUCUGACUAUCCCUUCUGCAGAGGGCUACCACUGACUUCAGUGAAGGGAAGGCCCUAAUGUUAGGUCUUAGGCUUCUAGCAAAUGGCAUUGUCAUUAGAACCACUCUGAGUCCUGAUCUAGUCUCAGAAUAUUCGCCCUACCCUCACCUUUACUAGUAGCCAAAGGUAGAGCUGGGCAUGAGAGAAGACAAGAUAGUGAGGAGGGAGAGGGAAAUAAGAGGAUAGUAAUGACCCAGACUAUGGCUUCCCAAUGCAGCCCUUCCUAGGAGGGAUCUGCAAACAUUUUUUUUUUUUUAAGAUUUUAUUUAUUUGAGAGAGAGAGAGAGACAAUAUAGCAGAGGAAAAGGCAGAGAGAGAGGGAGAAGCAGACGCCCCAUGGAGCAGGGAGCCUGAUGUGGGGCUUGAUCCCAGGACCCCAAGAUUGUGAUCUGAGCCGAGAUCAUGACCUGAGUCAAAGGCAGAUGCUUACCCAGCUAAGCCACCCAGGUGCCCCAACAGAAGUCUUUAUGUAUUAAUCAGUCACUAAGCUGAAUUGAAAAUGUGAGCGGGUCCAAACUGUCAUUAGGGUGACAUAAACCAAAAUCUAUGAAAUGACUGAAAGACUAAAUAAACACACUACCCUCCCUCA